AUGAGGUCGUCUGUGUUGUUCUACGUCUCCUACGCUCUGUGUCUGUGUUCGGGUCUGCUCUGCCUGCUGUUUGUGAGCGUCUGGAGCUCAUGCUGGAGAGGAGGUUUCUCCUGGGACGGUUCAGCUCUGCAGUUUAACUGGCAUCCUGUGCUCAUGGUGUCCGGACUACUGGUUCUCUAUGGAUAUGGUAGGUAACUGGUCUAUGUUUGCGGAGAUCUCCUCCGGACAAAUCCACAGUUUUUAACAUUUAUUUUUCACCUGUGUGUCUGCAGCGGCUGUUGUUUACCGUGUGCCGUUUACCUGGCAGCAGAAGAAGCUCACCUGGAAGCUGGUGCACGCCGCUCUGAUGCUGCUGGCUCUGAUUCUGUCCAUCCUCGGCCUGUGUGCAGUGUUUGACUUCCACAGACAGUCCCACAUCCCUGACCUGUACUCCCUGCACAGCUGGGUGGGCAUCUGCACAGUCAUAGUGUUUUCACUCCAGGUAAAGAAAACAGAUAUUUGUGGUGCACCAUAAUCAAACCUAUGAACACUUGACCUGCUGAAACACCUGCUUGUCUGUUUUCUUGCUGCUGGUAGUGGACUCUGGGUCUGUGGGGCUUCUUGUUCCCUUGCUCUCCGCUGUGGUUCCCUGGUGCUCUGAAACCGGUCCACAUCUGGAUGGGAAAAGCAAUCUUGAUCCUCAGUGUGGCCUCCUGCAUCAGUGGAAUCAACGAGAAGCUGUUCUUCACUCUGUAAGUGCCCAGAAAUUCAACAAUGAACAGUAUCCUGCUUAUUUCUACAGUUUGACUCAUGCAAGAACUUUUGAACUGUAAACUGUUGGACAGUGAAAGACUUGUGACUUGAUUCCUGCAGAAAUGGGAACAGUAGUGAGCCUUACAGCUCCCUGCCUGCAGAGGCAAAGUUUGCUAACUCUCUGGGCGUCCUCAUCCUGGUCUUUGGGUUGGUGGUGUUUGGCAUCCUGUCCAAAAAGAAGUGGAAGCGACCAGAAAUAGAGACAGAGAGCGUUCAUGUGAGUGUUGACAACAUGACAGGGAUCAUGCCAACUGAAAUUUUAUAUUGUUAAUUCCUUUAAGCUAGUGGCUAGCAUGUUAGCUAAGCCACUGUGACCAGUCAGUAAUGAUAAAGUACUAACUUAGAUUUUGAUUUAUUUGCAGCUUCUGCCUCAUGAAAACAGCCCAUGA